AUGGUCACUGUCCAAAUGCGCAGAGAUGUCAGUCAUGUAGAUGACGACGGUCAAACGACUGCUGUACCGUAUUCGCAAAGUCUUAGCCUUAUGCGAGAGCAUGAACGAGGGUUUCUUUUGGCAGAAGAGAAGACUUUGCGAUUGUCCGGGGAAUAUUUCCAGCUCACCCUUGCUGUAGAUGCUCCUUCUCAGGGUCACACCCACACUUUCGCCAGCACAAUCGCCACUCUUCACAAGACGACCAGCAAUAUCUAUGGCAUCACUAUUCCGUACUGCGUCACCCCAAACUCAGGUAGCUGGGUAAAUUAA